AUUGUCUACUGCAGGUUGAUCAUGCAUUGUAGGGUGAUCUCCCCUAUUUCAUGUUUAUUAGCUUUUAAGCUGACCUCGCUCUCAAACUAAUAACAAUUUUGGAUAAAUAGGCCCCUCACCUUCCCAGUAUUUGUUGACAUGCCGAAGAGUGGUGACUUCUGAUAUGGUGCUUCUAAACUGAGAAAAUCAAAAAUGUUUUUCUGUCCAGUUGAACGUCUCGUCGUCUGGUCUAAAGUUUCUCAAACAAAAAUGACGUUAAAAACAAACAAUCCUCAACCUCGCGCUACUGAGGAUUCUAUCAUUCAAAAGAUGGUUGCUCAGGAAGCGAUUGUGGUCAUAAAUGCUCGGAAAAAUUACGGAAAAAAAGAUCCUGUCCUUAAUGGAUUGAAUAUGACUGUAUCCCGUGGAUGUAUUUAUGGACUCCUAGGUGCCAGUGGAUGUGGAAAAACUACGCUCUUAUCAUGUGUCGUUGGUGUGAAGAAAUUAGAUAGUGGAAAAAUUUGGGUUCUUGGUGGAAAGCCAGGAACCGAGGCCUCAGGAGUUCCAGGACCUCGAGUUGGGUACAUGCCCCAAGAAAUUUCCUUGGUUCAGGAAUUUACAGUCAUAGAUGCUCUUUACUACUUUGGUAGAAUCAAUGGCUUAAGGGAUAAUGAAAUCGAAGAGAGAUACAUCACACUUUCAAGUUUAUUCAACCUACCCCCAAAAAACAGACUGAUAAAGCACAUGAGUGGCGGUCAACAAAGAAGAGUUUCUUUUGCAGCUGCCCUGAUUCACAGUCCAGAAUUACUGAUUCUAGAUGAACCUACAGUAGGACUUGAUCCGAUUUUGCGGGAGAACAUUUGGAAUUAUCUGGUAAAGAUAUGUCAAACAGAAGGUACUGCAAUUGUCAUUACGACGCACUACAUCGAGGAAGCCAAGAACGCCAACAAAAUUGGUUUAAUGCGAUGUGGACAAUUGUUAGCUGAAUCUACACCAAAUCAACUCCUGGCUAAAUUUCAAUGUUUGUCAUUGGAAGAGGCUUUCCUUGCCUUGAGCCAAAAGCAAAAGGAAAAUCAGGAUCGAGGAAUAACAGAGCCACAAACCGCUUAUCUAGCAGAACUUGAAGAAAUUUCACCUUCUAUUACGUCGACUGAUUUAUCUUACAGCAAAGAUAGUAUUUGUAAAAAUAAAACGCAACUAAUGAAUGAUAACAAAGUGAUUUUCGAGAAGAGAAAAGAAAGUUGGAAACAUUCAUCCUAUAGAAGGUUCAAAGCUCUCAUGAUAAAAAAUAUACUUCAGUUCAUUCGUCAUCCAGGGGGUAUCCUGUUUGCCUUAAUAUUUCCAAUAGUUCAAGUGAUGAUUUUUUUUUUCGCAAUCGGUACAGAUCCAAAAGGUUUAAACAUCGCGGUAGUAAAUGAAGAGGCUGGCAACUGUAAUUAUGGUAUCAAUAAGGGAAACGUUUUAUAUGAACCGAUAAAUAAAACAUGUGAUUUUAUAGACUUGAGUUGCAGAUUUUUACACGGUUUCAACGAUUCAUUAGCUUCCAAGGUAUUUUUUUCCACCUUAGAAGAAGCGAAUCAGGAAGUUUCACGGGGGAAAGUAGUGGCUGUGAUGCACUUUUCUACAAACUUUUCUGCAGCUUUUGAAAACAGACGCGACAAUGGAAGGGAUAUUGAAGAAUAUGAUAUAACCGCAAGUGAAAUCCAGAUGCAGCUGGACAUGGGAGACAGGCAAAUUGGACUUUUUCUACAAAAAAAAUUGUACGAGCGAUACUUUGAAGUCAGCCGGGAUGUCAUAAGUCAAUGUGAUAUUAACACAAAGUUUGUCGAUACACCUUUACGAUUUGAGAAACCAGUAUUUGGUACGUUGGAUGAAACGUAUACGUCGUUUGUAGCACCAACAUUCAUAUUGACGGUUGUCUUUUUCCUGGCUACUGCUGUAUCUUCUGCAAUAAUAAUUGCUGAUCGUCAAGAAGGAGUUUGGGCUAGAAGUCUAGUUCAAGGUGUCAAAACAGCUGAGAUUUUGCUGGCCCAUUUAUUGGCACAAUUUACAGUGGUCAUUAUUCAAGUCACAAUGUGCCUGUGCAUCUGCUUUUUAUGUUUUAACUUAGUCUGUAAGGGAUCGAUGUUUACUGUUAUUUGUUUGGUCCUUCUCACGGGACUGUGUGGAAUGUGCUAUGGAUUCCUGAUAUCGGUUUACUGCGAAUCCCAUACAGUGGCAAAUUUUAUAUCUACUGGAAGCUUCUACCCCGUGAUAUUACUUUGUGGGUGUGUAUGGCCAUUGGAGGGUAUGCCACAAGUCCUUCAUUGGUUCAGCCUGACUUUGCCAACAACGGUACCUGGCCUCUCCUUGAGAGGAAUAUUGGCAAAAGGAUACCCUGUCAAUAAUCCUGUUGUUUAUGAUGGAUUUUUAGUAGUGUCAGGUUGGACUGCUAUUUUUAUUGUACUUUGUCUAAUCGGUCUCAGGAUAAAAGAAUCAUCCUAGUGAAGUUCAUAAUUACAGUGGUGUGCAAAAGUUUUGGGCCACCUCUUUUUUUAUGACUGAAUAAAUUCUCUUAAUUUUAAUUAUACCGGAGCUAAAAAAAAUGUCUCUUUGAAAGGUUGAUUGUUUUC